AUGCCGGGCCCUUCAAACACCCUGUUGAUCGAAGGAUCGUUCUCCGAGCUUGCAGAGGAGUUGGCGCAGUACCUCGACACCCUCGCGAAAUCCGACGAAGGAGCGGGCGUCCAAGCGGACGUUGCGCAAUACCUACACCAAAUUCGCGAGGCAGAACAAUCGCAAGAGUCUGUGGACGAGGCGUCGGUACAACAGCAAAAAGAUGAAGUGCUGAAAAAGAUUGUAACAAAGGCCUCGAUCCUGAAUUCUGCUCCUGAACGAGAAUUCACCGCAGCCUAUAACCUCCUCAUCAGCCUCUCGCUCCAGUCACGAAAUUCCGAACAAUUCUUCGCGCGGAUAUGCCAGUAUCUGUCCGAGCAGCCCCUUACAUCCUCUCCUACCUUCGGCUCCUCUCUCGCCCUCCAAACCCUUACGACCAUAUUCAACGUUCUUCCUCUUGCCAGUGACGCCCGUUAUCACGUUUUCCUUGCUGUAUUGAAAGUCAUCAAAUCCUCCGCCUCUGCACAGAUAUUCGAGGCCUUAAUACCGCAAUUGGAGACGAAUAUUCCGACUUGGCUAUCAACUUGGCAACUGGACGACGAGGACGCCCGUACCCUGUACCUGACCGUGGCCGACGUGGCAUCUGAGACUGGCCACGAUGAUCUGCAUUACAAAUAUCUGCUCGAUGCGCUCGAGACCAUCCCACCCGAGUCGUCGGCCGAGCAAGAAGCCCUAGAUCUCGCCAAACGCACGCUGAGAACCGCUCUCAUCAACCCGAACGUGACAGACUUCACCCCGCUGACCGUCAACGAUGCCAUCCAGGCGAUUCGAAAGUCGGACAACAACCUUUUCGAACUUCUCGAGAUCUUCUCCUCGGAUGACUACUCCUCAUACACCGAUUUCCUCGAGACAAAUGACUUGGCGUCGCUGGGCAUUCCGGAAGAGAGCGCUGAGGCCCUGACCAACAAGAUUCGCCUCCUGACUCUUGCCAGCAUCGCUGCCUCCUCGACAACUCGCUCCGUGCCAUACUCCACAAUUGCGUCAGCUCUCCAAGUCCCGAGCGAGGAUGUGGAAAUGUGGGUGAUUGAUGCCAUCCGUACCGGUCUCGUCGAGGGCAAGCUGAGUCAGCUCAAGCAAGAAUUCCUCGUCCAGCGCGCAACCUACCGUGUUUUCGGAGAGAAGCAGUGGGCGGAGAUCCAAGGACGCCUGAUGGUUUGGCGUCGCAGUCUCGAGAGCGUCCUGACCGUGGUGAAGGCCGAGAAGGAACGCUUCGCUCGCGAGGGACCUGGCGGCGGCGACUCUGGCAUGAACGGAUUUGGAGAUGGCGAGGGCCAUGCGCAAAGAGGCGGCGGUGACAGACAGAGACGGCAGGGCGGUGGUGGUCGUGGCGGUGGCCGAGGCGGCCAACACCGUGACCAACAGGGUCCCAGGGAGGUCGAGGCCGUGGGUGGUGGAGACUAG